AUGGCAUGCGGGACUAAAUCAUGGUUAGUUUACCAUCUUUGUCUCUUGGUUGCAUGCUACAUGCAACAUUGUGUCAGUGGAAAUUCACCUGAAGUGCCUUGCCUUUUUAUAUUUGGAGAUGACUUCUCUGAAAGUGGAAAUAACAACUAUAUCCCAACAACUGCAAAGGCUGAUUAUGAGCCAUAUGGCAUCGACUUUCCUCAAGGCCCUACCGGAAGAGUUACCAAUGGAAAAACACAAAUCGACAUAAUCGGUGAACUACUUGGAUUUCCGAAUUUCAUCCCACCAUUUGCAAAUACUACUGGCUUUGAUAUACUUGAAGGUGUUAAUUAUGCAUCUGGUUUGGCUGGAAUUCGUAACGACACUGGAAAACAAACAGCGGGUACUAAUAUCGACUAUGGACAACAGAUUGAAAAUCACAAAAUCAUUGUUGCUCAAAUUGCUACAAAGCUUGGAGGUGAGGAAAAUGCAACACAAUAUCUAAAAAAGUGCUUGUAUUAUAUUUAUAUAGGCACCAACGAUUACACAUUUAAUUAUUUUCAACCCAAUCUCUAUCAAACAAGUAGCAUCUAUAAUCCAGAGGAGUAUGCCAAAGUUCUUAUUGACCAGUAUUCUGGUUAUAGAAAGGUUUUGUAUAAUGUUGGAGCAAGAAAACUUGUGGCAGUUGGGUUGGGAAAAAUCGGUUGCACUCCAAUGGUCCUCGCUACGAACGCGAGUAGACCAUGUGUCGAAAAUCUAAAUGAUAUUGAAGCAAUAUUUAGUGAGAAGCUUAGAGAUCAAGUAGAACAAUUCAAUAAUGAGUAUCCAGAUUCCAAAACUAUUUUUAUGAAUAAUACUGCUAUCAGAUUAGACGGUUCACUUGCUUCGGUUGCAGGUGUUGCGAUUGCGGUCAUUACGGUUGUUGCGAUGCGCAUUGAGGUCGGAGGCAUGAUUUUAAAAUCACACCGCAAUUGUCGUCCUACGGGGUUCUGGAAACAACUGCAUCAGCAAUAUUGCGAACACAAUUAUGAUUGUGGACUGCAAUUUAAAACCAUGCCUAGGAUAGACAAUAAAAAAAAGAGGUUUUGUUAUGAAUUAGGUAAAAUGGUUACUACAACUUCUGAAAUGGUUGAGAGCAAUGGACACUUGGCAAAUGAUCGAUCCUCAAAUUCAAGAGCCAAGGCGUGGCAUAAGAGCAAGGGUGGCUAA